AGUUUUGUUUGUUUUUUGCAUUGUUUUGUAUGCAUGCAAUUUAGCAGCGAUUUUGCGUGUCUUGUAUAAUAUUCUUAUAUUUCUCACCGAUAUUAUUUAGUAUUUCAUUCGUAAUUUUUCCAGUGAAUAAUCUGAGAUAUGUUCAAUCCAGUCACGCGUACCAUUCCGUCUUACCUUAUAUCGCGUCUUGUAUCGGCUCGCUUUUUCAACGUUAAAAAUUCGACGAAUCUGGGAUUUCCUUGCGCCUACACCGAAGAAGAAACACGCAAGAUUUUAGACACCCUCAAUCAGGAUGAUUUCGAUCAGAUUUACAAAUACAACAUCUCUAAACCACGAGCGAAACGUAUUGAAGGAUGGCGCAAAAAGUUCGGGAGUUUUAUAUCCCUUGAUCAAGUUCUUGAGCUGGAUGGGUUUGGUAUAACCGUAUUGCGGAAAUUUUACGACUCCAUAGUGGACAAUCCAAAAAAUGUCCAGCACACCGUAUCAAAAUCUAUUCAGCGGGAUAUCAAAUUCACCACACCUGUUUUUCCGAUCAACUUGAUUCCUAAAAUACAAUCAUGUGUAUCUCUAUACGUCGGGUUAGAUUAUGUGACUUGGGCUAAAAUCCGCCUUGUUAAGAACCAGCCAUCGGAACUGACCUUUUGGAAUAGUUACAAAAUACCCGACCGGAAAUUACAUGUCAAUGAACUAAUUCGAAACGUGAAUCAAAUGAGUCAGCUCAUCCCUGAGGGCGAUGUCUACGUAAUUGAAAAUCCAGCCGUCGCGCAAGCAUCGGCAAUGGGUAACGCUGUACAAACCAAUAUAAAUGUGCAGAAAUCCCAGCUCAUUGCCAUGAUCAUGCUUUCGUUGUCUAAUCGAUGUACGGAAGAUGUUGAACUUUCCGCUAAUAAUGUACUUUUCUUCAAACAGUACGUCUCUGCCCGGUUAUUCGGAAUAUUUGUUGGAAACGAGAGGGUUUCCGCUGAUACUGUGGUUCGUUCGCUGAUGGAGCGCCAGGUGGGCCCGAACGAAGAAAUCGUUACGAAAGUUCAGUCCCGUUUGGCUAUUCCUUCUGGAAUGAAAGUGGUGUACGAAGAAACGGAUAGUGCCGAGAAGGAAUUUCUCGGUCAGUCUGCGUUGCUGGGCAUUUCAUUUUUGAGAUUGUGCGUUCUCAAGUGUGAAGACAGCUUAAAAAUGUUUCAGCGAUAGUCAAGUUGUUAGGAAAUCAAAAAUGUUGAGUUUGGAACGUAAAAUGUACAGCUAGUCGAUUAAAAUGGAAAGGGCUUUUCCCCUGCAAUAAAGAUGAAGAUAACGCGCCUAUCUUGUAUGGGAAACUCUUUCGAACAAUUUCAAUUUAUUUGAGAAAGUCCUUUAGAUUUUUCUCUUGCCGUAAAAACAUUUAUAACCGGAUAUUUUAUAGGGUAAUGCAUUAAUUUUUCCCGAGAUUUUCAUCCCUUUUGAAUGCAUUAGUUUUAAGCUUAUACUUGAUUAAUGAGAAAUUUUUCAGAAAUUUAUAAAUUCAAUGAGACAUAUAUAUAAUAUAAAGGAAAACGGAUACUAAAUUCAAAACAAAA